AUGGGUGAUUCCGACAACGAAGCUAAACCCCCGGGCGUACCUGCAUGGCAACUCAAAAGCGAGGCAAAAGGCGAGGCAGGACAGUCCAGUGAACCUCAGCCCACAGCUAUCGAGCCACCAAGUCGGGCAGCAGUACUCGAACAAGCCAGGAAGUUCUUGGAGGAAGACGAUGUUAAGAAUGCAUCUACGGAUAAAAAGAUUGCUUUUCUAGAAAGUAAAGGUCUCGAGGGGGAUGAUAUACAAGAGUUACUGGGUGUAUCGCGGAAUGAUGAAGCGACGAAUACAUCUAUCACUGAGGUUAAAUCGUCAGAACCAAAGACACAACCUCAACAAUCGUUACGACAUUCACCUCCACCUACUCAAACAAGCUACGCACAAAUACCUCGCGAUCAAGCUCCUAUAAUAACAUACCCUGAAUUCUUGGUUCAACCAUCUGCUUCUACUCCUUUAAUUACCAAACACCGCCUUCUUACAACCCUAUAUCUUUUCGGUUCCCUCAGCUUUCUACUUCAUGGCACAAACACCUUUUUAAUACGUCCUAUGAUAAACACCCUCACCGAAUCCCGACUCUCUCUAUCCUCGGCCACUCUUAAUAAUCUUCAAAAACUAAUUCACAAACUCGAGAAUUCGGUCUCCGAAAUCCCUCCUACCUAUCACCACCAUAAACCUCUUCAACCCGAAUACCUCGACUCCGAUGCUGGCUCCGUUACCAGUGAUCCCACUGAGCUUUUCCAUCGCGACAUCGGCGUCCAGACGUCUCUCCCAUCAUCUCCUUUACAAACACCCAGUUCGCCCUCCCUAAUAUCCCACGCCAAUACCGCGACCACAGCAACAACCAUACAGACAUCGCGUCUCACGACUUUACAAGGUACAUUAUCAUCCUUACUGGAGGACUCAACCUACGAAUCAUCUACAAGUGAAGAGCUAGAAACAAAAAUGUCUAUGUUAAAGGAAUAUUUACAAGGCUUGGCGUUUUCAACACCUACAUUUAGUUACGGGUCAGGGGGUUUUGGAAAUGGAGGAGAUAGGAAUGGAAAUAACAAGGACGGAGAAGAUGAAAUUGCAAAGGUUAAGAAGGAGAUUAGGGGAGUGAAGGGAGUCUUGCUUAGUGCGAGAAGUUUUCCCGGGGGUGUCAGGGCGAGAUAA